GAAAUUGAAUGAUGUAAAGAAUAAAGAUAAGGUCUAAAAUUUUAUCUACUGACGGUUGGACGACGAAAAAAACGAUACGAAUAGAAACAAGCUUAGCGAAGAAAAGAGAAAAGCACGAACACCAAAUUUCAAAAUCCAAUUGUAAAAUGUCAAAGUUACUAUUUUAUAUUUUCUUAUUUUGCAUGUAUUAUACUUUAGCAAAAAAAUUUAAGGACAACGAAAAACCUUCAUGGGCAAAGAAAGAUAUUCGAGACUUCAGUGAUGCCGACAUGGAACGGUAAAUAUUUUUAUUGAAACGUCCACGUAGAUACUCAAUAAAUUGCUAUUACAAGCUUUCUUUUAAUCUUUUUAGUCUUUUUGACCAAUGGGAGGAAGAUGAAGAACCUCUUCCAGAAGAUGAAUUACCUGAACAUCUUCGCAAACCGCCCCCUAUUGAUCUGACUAAAAUGGAUAUGUCCAAUCCAGAAGCUGUGCUUCAAGCAACUAAGAAAGGGCAAACCCUUAUGAUGUUUGUUUCAGUAGCCAAUAAUCCCCCACGAGCAAGGACUGAAGAACUUACUAAGAUAUGGCAAGCAAGUCUUUGGAGCAAUCAUAUACAAGCUGAAAGAUACCUUAUUGAUGAUGACAGAGCUAUAUUCAUGUUUAAAGAUGGGUCACAAGCUUGGACUGCAAAAGAGUUUCUCAUAGAACAGGAUGAGUUGAAAGAAGUGCAAUUAGAAAGCCAAACAUAUCCUGGAAAGAAUCCUAAUGUGCGAAACAAAGCAGUACGGGAUGAAUUAUAAUAUUCAUCACUUUUUAGUUCUUUUAAAAGCAAAUUUCCUUAGCCAGAUUAGAUGCAUUUAAAUUCCUUUGUUUUUCUUAAAGGAGUCAAUUUCAUAAGAUAAGUUUUAAAUGGUUAAGAUGAGAUGGGAUGCAAAUAGAAAUUUCUCUAUAUUUUAUCAAAUUUUGUUCCAAUUUCAUGAGUUGUUACUGAAUUUUGUACAUUAUCAGGUAAUCUAUCCAUAAAUAUAGCUAGAUAAACAUAUGAGUACCUAUAUGAACAAGAAUGUAGGCAUGUAGUCUACUUAUUUAUUGUUAAUACAAAUUAAAUACUAAAAUAGUUUUGAAACUUACUUAUAUUCAGUUAUUGCAACAUCUGUUUAUGAUAUUCAUGAUAAGUUUAAAGAAUAUCAAUUUCAUUGUGGUUUCAACUUAAAAAAAAAUCAUCACCAUAUUUGAUUCUGUGGAAAUUGAAUAACUUAAAAGAAUUUCAUUAUCAUUACAGCCCUUCACAAGUCCACUGCUGAACAUAGGCCUCCCCCAAAGAAUGCCACAAAGCACGGUCCUGAGCCACCUGCAUCCAUUGACUUCCUGCUUACCAGGUCGUCACUCCAUCUCGUGGGGGGACGCCCUACACUUCGCCUACCAGUACGAGGCUGCCACUAGAGAACCUUUCUUCCCCAUCGAUUGUCGGUUCUUCGAGCUAUAUGGCCGGCCCACUGCCACUUCAGCUUACUAAUCCGUUGAGCUAUGUCGGUUACUCUGGUUCUACUGCGGAUAUCCUCAUUCCUAAGUUUAUCACGCAGAGAAACUCCGAGCAUAGCCCUCUCCAUAGCUCACUGAGCGACCUUGAGCUUCCUCAUACGGCCAGCAGUGACAACAACUACCGGCAUAGGUGUGACAUGGACAUUAAACAUGAUCUUGGUUUUGUCCAUGUUCAUCUUAAGACCUAUCCGUUGGGAAACACUAUUGAGGUCAUUGAGCAUAGUGCUUAGGUCCUCCAGCGAUUCUGCAAUAAGGACUAUAUCGUCGGCAAAGCGAAGGUGAGUGAUGUACGUAAUGACUCUCGAAAACAGCACGUAGACGCGGCUCAGAAGGGAAAUCGGUCUAUAGUUCUUCAAGAGAGCAUUGUCAUCUUUCUUGAAGAACAAGACCACCGCACUUUUGCUCCACGCCUCCGGUGUAAUGCCACCAUGGAGAACGGAAUUAAAGAGCUUCUGAAGGACUUCAAGUACCGGUCUUCCACCCGCUUUCAGAAGCUCCGCUGUAAUUCCAUCCUUGCCUGGGGCCUUACCGUUUUUAAGGUGCUGGAGAGCCAUUCUAAUCUCGCUCAGACUGACGUCCGGGAUAUCUUCGGAAUAGUGUCGGAUGAGACUCGCUCUUGGAUCGUUACUCACACUUGCGUGUGGCUCCAACGAUGAUGUGUACAGCUGCCCAUAGAACCUCUCAAUCUCACUCAAAAUCUCAGCUGUCCCGGAAACGAUGCUGCCACAUUCUGUCUUCAGCUUUGACAGUUGGCUCUUUCUGGCAGACAGAUCUCUGGCAAAGACUUUGGAGCCUUGGUUCCGCUCGAUCGCUUCUUCAAUACGAGCUGUAUUGAAGUUGCGUAAGUCCCGCCGCAUGCAUUUAGAGAUCUGUCUUCAGAUGCCUGUAUGCUGUCAAGUCUGUUGAAGAAUGUAGUUUCAUCUCCCGUCUAACAGCCAUGAGAUUAAGAGUGUAAUCGGAGAGUUUUUGUGUUCUUCUGCGGCGGGUCUUGCAGAACUUAGCUCCGACCGCAUGGACAGUUUCCACGGGCUUGUCAUUCAUAUCGUCCAAUUCAUUGCAGUCUUCCAGGCACUGAAAACGGUUUUGUAACUCGAGCUGAAAGGUUUCGGGACUUUGGAACAGAGCACGAGGGGGACGGAGCGUUGACUUCAUUAGACGAGACCUCUCCAACUUAACGUUUAGGUUCAGUGUGCCUCUAACCAUUCGGUGAUCGCUACUAGUUUUCACCCUCGCGAUCACGGAGACAUCACUGAACAGUUGACGUCUGGUCGUCAUAAUGAAGUCAAUCUCAUUUUUUGUCGAACCGUCGGGGCUCGACCAGGUCCACUUCCUGUGGGGCCGCUUCUGGAAGAAAGAGUUCAUCAUAAAGAGUCCCUCUUUCUCCAUGAAGUCGGCCAGCUGCUGGCCCCUUGGGUUCCGUUGCCCUAUUCCAAAUUUCCCUACUUUCAGCUCGCCGUUCUCUCUUGUGCCUAGUUUUGCAUUGAAGUCUCCCAUUAACACCGUAUAUUGGGUUUUGGAGGAAUGCAUGGCUCUAGAGAUAUCCUCAUACAUUUCCUCCACCUCCUCAUCGGGGUGUGCCGAGGUUGGUGCGUAAACCUGUAUGACCUUCAGCGAAUACCGUUUGGUGAUUCUGAGUAUAAGGUACGCAACCCUCGUCGACACACUCCCGAUCUUUACAACGUUGUUAACGAGAGACUUGUGGACGAUAAAUCCGACACCUCCUUGGGACAGAUGGUCGCCCUCCCGGUGAUAGAGCAAGUUACCGGAUUCGAGGAUUACCGUGUCCUCCCCCUCUCUUCGGACUUCGGAUAAUCCUAUAAUAUGCCAGCGCAACUUGUCUAUCUCUUCUUCCAGCUCCGCGAUCUUCUCGUCAGUCCUCAGGGUGCGUGUGUUGUACGUUGCCAGGUCGAGUCGUCUAAGGUGGCAACCGAACCUCCACCGGAGAUUCUUAGCACCCCCUGCCCCGCCGUUACCAUGGUCGCCACCGUAGCCAGGAAUAGCGGGGCCGCCGGGGACUGGGGGCCGUCUGUUUGUUGCUUUAUUCAUUGGGGGGAUAGUUGCCACGCUUGGCGAGCGGGUUGGCAACCGCAGUUUUUUUAUUGUAAUUUUGGCUAUUAUCAGGAAGAUGCUGCUGCCCAUCUCCUGCCUGUAUCCCUUUGUCGCCUUUUACGACACCCACGGGAGGAUUUGGGGUAGUGGAUAUUCUUGACCGCCACUACACGGCAAAAGAAUUUAGCAAUAGCCUGAUAUGGAAUUAUGAAGACAAAUUAAUUAUAACUUAAGUAAACAGUAGAUCUGAUCACAUAUGUUUUAUCACAUUUUAUAUCAUAAGUUUUAUACUAUUACAGUUACAGAAAAGUUAAAAUCAUUACAGCCCAUAACAAAUCAGGCCUCCCCCAAUACCAUAAAGCAUGGUCCUGAACCACUCUAUCAUCUUCCUGUAUACUAGGUUGUCACUAUCCAGUGAAGGCUACAGUGCUUACCGGUAUAAAUUCUAUUAUUUUUUAUUAUAUUUAUUUUCUAUUUUUUUAUGUUGGGUAAUUUUUAUAAAGUCAGAAUAUUAAAAGCUAUUUUUAUAAAUUAUCUUAAAUCUAAGCAUUUUUUAUGUAUAAGUGAAAAUAAAAGGCUUUAUAUAUACU